AUGUCUGCGAUGCAGCAUAAACACUUCAAUACCUUUCUCAACGACCUAAUGCUGUCGUCGAAGACCUCUUCCGCGCCGACGCCGUUCCCGCUCACCAACGAGCAGAAUGGGCCCACGAAGCUCGUCCGGGAGAAGUGUGCUAGCCCCCUCACCGUACAUUUCGAAUUGUGCGCGGACUCGCUGUCGACCGCACGCACAACGCGCGUACUGUCCGCGGUACGCUCUUCUACCCCCCAUGUCAUUUUUCGUUCCUGCCCUGGCCAGGUUCGCAUGAACCUUCCGACCCUCCCCCUUCGGCCGCAACAAAAGUGGCUCGUGUGUCUGGCGUGCCGCGAAGUACUCGACGUGCGCGUGUAG